CAAACAUUCAUUUGUAGCUGAAAUUUCUUGGAGACGCAUCACUUUUCCGUGAAAAUUUGGCGAAACUACACCUAAAAACUCAGGAAAUUCUAUUAAAAAUUAUAAUUUAAGAGGUUAAAACAAGCAUCAACAAAAUGGAUAUUCGUCCAAAUCACACAAUUUACAUCAAUAACUUGAACGAGAAGAUCAAAAAGGCUGAAUUGAAGAAAUCUCUGUACGCCAUUUUCUCCCAAUUCGGGCAAAUUGUCGAUAUUGUCGCGCUAAAGACCCUCAAGAUGCGCGGACAGGCGUUUGUCAUCUUCAAGGAGAUUUCAAGUGCCACAAAUGCGUUAAGGACAAUGCAGGGAUUCCCCUUUUACGAUAAACCGAUGCGAAUUAACUAUUCCAAGACCGACAGUGAUGUCAUUGCUAAACUGAAGGGAACGUUCAAAGAGCGCCCUAAAAAAGUUAAGCCUCCAAAGCCCGAAAAAACUGCCGAAGAAAAGAAAGCCAAGAAGCAAAAGAAAGAAGAAUCUGCUGCUGCAGCUGCUGAACAACCUCCAAAUCAAAUUUUGUUCCUCACAAAUUUGCCGGAAGAAACGAACGAGAUGAUGUUGUCGAUGUUGUUCACGCAAUUUCCGGGCUUCAAAGAGGUGCGAUUGGUGCCGAAUCGUCACGAUAUCGCUUUCGUGGAGUUUGCGACGGAAUUGCAAUCCGGUGCCGCGCGAGAAGCUCUUCAGGGAUUCAAGAUUACGCCGAGCCAUGCGAUGAAAAUUACUUUUGCGAAGAAGUAAAGGCGUUAAUUUUAAUUUGUAUUUUCUCAUAUAUUGUAAUAAACCAUGAGUAAAAGCAUUGCACUCCGCUUUCCAUGGUUGUGAAGUGAUGGCUUUUGAAUUU